AUGGGCGGUGUGCCCCCGUUAAGACCUGAACUCGAAUGGCUGUUCCCCAAAGAGGUUUCGGUUGAAAAUUCAGAAUUUUUGAUGAAAAAUGAGAUGAAACUUCAUUUUUGUUUUGCUUCAAGCUCUUUAAGAAAAGCUUAGAAAAGCUCUGAAAAGCUCAAAUUUUUGAAAAACUGAAAAAAUUAGAAAAUACACACACAUUGAAACAAGCUGCGGAAUUUUAGGUCUAAACGGAGCAAAUCCGACCCUUUGAGCCAUUCCAAUUGCGGCCCGCGAAAAAUGAAGUUUACCCCAAUUAAAUCGCUCACCUAGUUCCCAUGACAGCUAUUCGAAACGCAAUCAGUGCGUGUCUUUUUUUGAUUUCUGGGCCAAAUCAAUUAACAUGCAACAACUUUCACAGGAGAUCAAAAAAGGCAAAACCAAGGCUGAGAAGGCCCUUUUUUCAUCCUCGAACGUAGGAAUUUGGAAAGUCCUCCAAGGUUAUUUAGAAAUGAGUUAACAACGGGGUUCUGUGACAGAGUAAGCAAAAAAAAAGAAAUUUGUUGUGAGAAUUAAGAUGCGGAAAAAUAGGUACGGCUAAUUGGUUUCGUUGAGCCUUGUGCGAUUCUGGAAGUUAUUGGAACUCAAUUUUUUAGGCUUCACAACAAUUUUAUAUAUUAAUUUUACACAGCAAAACAUCCAAUUUUCGCGACCUUUAUCAGGCUUGGAACACUUGGACUUUCUUUUUUUAUUACUUUUUCCCACAUAGACAAAAUUGUCCUUGAAACAGAGCAAUGAUUUUGGAAGGUUUCUAAAUUUAAAAAAAAAAGCAGUUUUCAACCCUAGCAUUGUAAAACUGAUGAAGAUGCCGACUCGAACUGAAAAGCAAUUCUCAGGUGACGACGUCGUCGUCGGCUGUACUUCAGCGUGGCGCCGGCGAAGCUUCACUAUCUUUUCUCGCCGAUCAUUCGCUAGCCCUAAUCGCCGUUCUUUUUGUGAGUUUUCAAUAUUUUUUUCCAAUUUUCAUCAAUUCUUCCAAAUUCAGAUGGUUGUCCUGUCCGUGGCUCUCCUCGCCGUCCUGGUUCAGUACAACUGUCAAAAGGAAUCCGCACAGCCCCUUUCCCACACGCCAAGCCAGUGGACCACCUGUAGUACUGGUCAGUUUUCAUUUUUUGAGCUGAAUUUACAAAAAAACAAAACGGCAAAAAGGCAUCUUCCCAUGCCGGGAAUCGAACCCGGGCCGCGUGGGUGAAAACCACGAAUCCUAA